AUGCGCCGAAGCGGCGGAUUCCUCGCGGGAAACGUCUGCGUGGCACGAUGCUGCACCAGUUCCACAGAAGACGGUCUCAGCUCCCUGCGCCAGGCAGCCGCAUCUCAAGUGGAGCCUCGCUUGGGAGGGCACUGGUGCGAUCCAAAACAAGAUGCAUUGGCAGCUCAGAGCACGGCGCGAGUGCUUGGACGAUCGUCGUAUCGAGGAUACGAUGCCUGCCACGAGAAUCUCACAUGUCGAAUUGCACUGCUCAGAGCUUCUUGCGUCAGCUCUGAGAUUCCUGCUGUCGAUGUUGCCCCACGGAUGGGCUGUGAAGCAUGGGAGUUCCGGGAGGAUACCCCAUCAAGGACCCCAUCCCUGUAUGGAAUCAGGGCAAAGGCACCUCAAGUUCGAGCAGUCUUCCCGGAUGAAGUGAAGAAGCGAGUGGCACGCAGCAUCUGA